GUUGAAGCGAAGCCGCGGGCGGCUUUGAGAAAACCUGACUUUUUACCGCGCCCAGGUUUAUAAAAUAAUGCAAAGUGAGAUCAGGUUUGCUCUUAAUUUCAUUCACAACUGUAAAAAAGCAACAGAAAAAAGAUUGUGGGUAAUGUGGAAAUAUUCAUCGGACCAUAUAAAUUUCACUAUAGCACCACUAUUUUUGCCAGCGUAAUUUUGCCAGUGUUCUUGGUAUAGAAACGAGCUGUGACGAUACAGGUGCAGCUGUUAUAGAAACAUCAGGAAAACUACUUGGAGAUUGUAUAUCUUCGCAAGCGAGGAUUAGUGUUAUGUUAGGUGGUGUAGUACCGUCCGUAGCAGCUGAACUUCACAAGGAAAACAUUGAAUCAGUUGUAAAUACGGCUAUGGCCAAAUCCAACAUUGGGUUUCGGGAUUUAAAUUUUGUUGCAGUUACAGUAAAACCAGGUAUGCCACUAUCUCUAAAGAUUGGAGUUAGUUUCGCUAAGUCUUUAGCAAGUCGAUUAAAGAUUCCUAUCAUACCGGUUGAUCAUAUGGAGGCUCAUGCACUGACAGCUCUGUUUACAGAUCCCCAAUUGAAAUUUCCCUAUAUAAUCCUCUUAAUAAGUGGUGGUCACAGUAUUUUGGGCAUUGUUCAAGGGUUAGAGGAUUACGUUUUAUUAGGUACAGCAUUAGAUGCCUCUCCAGGUGAUAUUCUUGAUAAGAUUUCUAGGCGUCUAAAACUAAAUCGUUUGUCAGAUGAGUGUUUGAAAGGCGUCGCAGGUGGUAAGGCUAUCGAAAUAAUUGCAAAGACUUAUAAUGGUGAUCAUCAACGAUUCAACCUACCUUUACCACGUUCACAAUCUAAGGAUUGUGAUUUCUCAUUUAGUGGAAUCCAUGUGGCUGCAGAACAAUUGAUCAAUAAAUUGGAAUCUGAAAAUCAUGGUAAUGGAUGCAAUUUAUCGGACCAAGAUAUUGCUGAUGUUUGUGCAUCUUUACAGUUCUGUAUGACAAGAUUAAUCUGUCGGCGUGUUCAGCGUGCUAUUGAAUACUGUUUGUUGAACACUGAUUCCAGAGCCACUGUAAUCAGAAAUCAUCCUACUGCUUUAGUUGUUUCUGGUGGGGUUGGUUCUAAUUGUGUUAUUCGUGCCGGUUUAACUGAGGUAGCUAAUCAUUAUAAUUUGAGAUUUGUGGCUCCUCCAUCAAGUCUAUGUACUGAUAAUGGAAUUAUGAUAGCCUGGAAUGGAGUUUUACUUCAAAAAGAAAAUUCUUCUCGUAUUACAGAAGAUAUCUCUUCUGUUGAUUUUUGUCCAAGAUCUACAUUUGGUGUUGACUGUCGAGAAGAUGUGAAACAAGCUAACAUAUCAAUUGAACCAAUUAAAUUAUCCAAUACUAUUUUUCAAUCAUAA